AUGGCGGCCGCCCCCGCGAAGCCCCCAGGCCCGCGCGACGGCGGAUGGCUCUCGCGCCCCGUCCUCCUCGCCGUCGAACGCGUCGCCAGAGGACGCGCGCACCGCGUCCCGCUCGUCGCCGCGGGCGCGACGCUCGUCUUCGUCGCGGCCGUCAUGAGCACCAUGAUGAUCGGACGCGGCGAGGACGCGCCCGAGGAGGCGUGUCUGGGGACGAACGACGACGAGGAUUACUGCGACGACCGCGGCGACGCCGCGCCGGUCGUGAGCUACAGCGGCGUCCUGUGGCCCGAGCGCGCGGUGUUCAUCGCGCUCGGGACCCCGUGCGGGGUCCUGUGGUUCGUCACGAUACUCCUAUCGCACGCGUCGCUGCUUCGACUCGCGGACGCGGCGUGGGCGAGGCGACGAGGAGGACGAGAGACGACGACGACGACGUCGGGGGCGUUUGACGGUCGAGCGACGAACGACGAUCAUCGUCCCUCCUCCUCCUCCUCCUCCCCGUCGGCGGCGAACGCCGCGCCGACGCCGACGCCGACGCCGACGCACCGACCGAGCAUCCCCGCGCUGCGCAAGAUGGAGCCUCUCGCGCUCGUCGCGGGGCCGUGCUUCCUCCUCGUCGUGUGGGUGUCGCUUGGGGAUCCGUGGCCGGGGUAUUUCGUUCACGGCGCCGCCGCGUUCGUCUUCUUCAUCUGCGGGAUGGUGCGACGACCGACCCAGCCUCACGUCGUCCCGUUUGUUUCGCGAGUAGGACGCUCUUCGACCCCGCCCGUCGUCGGCGCUCUCGACCCCGCGCUUCGCUUUCGACGCCCGCCGUAG